AUGCCAGUAAGCUGCAGUGGGCGAGGAAGGUACGUGUAUCGAAUCAGCAACUCAUAUUGAAAAUAAUGUAUUUCGGCUCCCUCCAAAUCAAAUGCAAACUUUUUGAAAACCCCUUCUUAUCAGAUGCUUAAGGAGAUGAAAGUUUAUCUCCCUGGUCUCAAGUUUUACCCAACAGAAUAUCGACCGUUGAUAUUUUCUUUGUUUAACCUUUAUUAUAUAAGUUUAUUCAAUUGACUUCCAGAGAAGACACAGGUUUAUUCGUAAAUUAGUCGUUAAAAGCAAAAAUUGAAGUCAGAGGCUUCAUGCUAUAUUUUGGGAAACAAGUGGGAGGAACAUCGAAUAUUAUUGCUAUAUUUUAGUUAUGAAAAGUCUGGCCUGGACCUGCACUAUGAAUAGUUACAUAACUCAAGCGCACGUGCGAACAUGAGUUCAUCUUCUAGUGAGAAGGGAGGAGAGGAAGGGUACAGGGUGCCCUUCAAAUUUCUUCUGAUGUCACCAGAACAAAGCCUUUUCCCAUUGGUACCUUAAAAGUCCUUGUUAGGAGUCAGAUUGAUUAAAAGAAGCAAAAGCAAAGAGAGGGCGUGGACUUAGCCAAACUUUAAAACAAUUCCGAAGUGGCCUGUUUUCUUUAAAAAUACUGAAAGCAAUUAUUUUGCAAAUUGUUUGCUUGCAAACCGAAAAAAAAAUUUAGGGAAGGGGAAACGGAAAAGUAUUUAACAGAGAUCUUAGUUGUCAUUCGCUUAGAUCAAAUCUCCGAUGAAAAGGUUAGCAGGUUUCCAACAGGUUAUAAGACCAAACCUAAACGUGUCCACAUGGUACAGAAAUAACACAAAACGUGACUUACAAACUGAAGUGGGCUUAACUGUUUAUAGGCAAUAGCCAUGUAGUCUAGCUUUUUUACGUCGUUGAGUUAAAUAUAUGCCGAGGGUUGUAUGCAAAUCUGAUGUUUGUUUUGGUAACAAUUAUUCUUUAGAUGGUUUCCUCGUAAUUAUCUUUUCAUCGUGGAGAAGAAAGGAGACCUUUUAUACAUCUAUUGUCUUUUUGUCCAAAAAACAACUUUCAGUGCAUAGCAGAAAAUAGCGUUCAUUUGUUAAGGACGGAAAGGCGUCGAUGUUGACAUUCUUAAAAUAUUAAACUGUCCUCCUUGACUUUUCAGUAUUACAAGCGUUGCCAGCAAUGGUGAAUUUCAGUGGAAAGAAGGAUUCGAUCUGAUGAACGUUGGUUUCGAACUUGAUUCCAAUCCCCUGAAGAUUGACUUGUCAGGCGCUGCAUACAGUCACGUUGACCGUAUGAAUCAAACUUCUAAUCGUGUUAGCUCUUGCAGCUCCUCGAGAAGCUCUGAAUUCCAGGCCGUGUUGGAAGCUCUAUCCGACUACAAAAUAAACGAACCAAGUACAAAAGGAAAUGACAGCUCUGCGAUUUGUUCCAACGAAAAAGGCGACUCGGGACAGCAAAGCUUAGUGGAUUCAUCAAGUGGUAGUGCAAUAAGUAAGUUCAAUCGAGCGCCUCCAAUGCUGACGCGUCGCAAGUCUCUUCCAUCUCUUGGCCUUGUGGCCGUAGACGUGCAGUACAGUGUGCCAAGUUCAAAAUCGUUUCCUAGUGACUUAUCUAAGAAUAUUGCUGGGAAAGAGUUAGAUGUUAUACUAGAAACUCCCAGGAAAGGAAAACAAAAGCCUCAUCAUUUAGCAAAUAUACUGACAAGGCCAGAGGGUCGGAGGCGUCGGUUCUCACUUGGUGCCCAAGGUAAUGAGGCCCCAUCAAAAAGCCGCACAGUUGUUCCUAAAACGAAGCAAAGAAGACCAUCUUGUUCGAAAUUUGCCGAAAGCCCGUCUGUUUGGCGCGUGCAGGUGCACAAAAGGAACCUGGACAUUAAUGACGAAGACGAUAGGUUAUACUCCCGUUUUCAAACUCGUCGAGGCAGUUUCGCAGGAUUUUCUACAGUUGCAGAUCAAUCAGAAAAAAAACAAAGUUUACUUCCAAAAAUUGGGAGAAGAAAUUCACUCGUGCAAAACGAUGAUGAAGAAUGAACGAUGUCUCACGAAUGAAUUUAAACUAAAUAUUGUAGCGAAAAAAUUCUGAUCCGACUUGUAGCGAUUAUAUUUCGUAUAAUUAGCUGGCGACUUUCUUAAGUAUUUCCUUUUUUAUAGAUUGAUCUGUUAUUUGUUAUUAGUCAUACGUACAACAAGGUCAGUUCAUAGCUAAGAUUCUGAGCCAUAGAAAAUAGCUAAUAGAAGGGUAAUGCUAAAUAAAAAAUUGUAAUUGAAGCCCUUAGGAAAAAAUGAUCCUCUACAUUUAAUUUAAAACCCAUUAAUUGUCAAGGUAUGUCAUAAACCGAGUUUGACAGUUGUUCUUUCUCACUUCAGCUACCAGGCCAAGAUUAUUGAGCCAAGUAUAGUCGUCAGCUAAGAACAAUAGUUCAGGGCUUUGUAUGGGAAAUAAAUGCUUAUUGUAAUUAGCGCAUUAAAUUUGCAGUCUGAAAAAUUUUACAAGUGACUAUUUAUAACAAAUUGCACAAGAAAUCAUAUAUGUGAAAGAAAGAAGACAGAAUAUCAAAAUUAGUAAAAUCUUGACAUUGCACACCCUCACAUCAGUAUAUAUAUUCUCCAUACUGCUCCCUAUACUUUUCCUUAGGAACUGAUAAGGAGAAUUUGUUUGACAAUCAUGAGCUUCUUUAGUUGGUGAUCAUUUCCUAGAUCCUCGUGACUUAAAUGUUUGAUUUAGGAGUGACAAUGUAAAGAGAAGUUAGAUAUCAGUCACUCUUUGAGGUCAAAGGGUUAAUUUCAAAUGAGGUUCAUUUGAUUGUUUUAACAAAGUUAUCUUCUUUGACCAUGAAAGCUCGGAUUGUAUGAAAACUCGAUUGUUGUUUUGAAACCUAAGGUGCACGCUUUAGGCGUGAUCAGUUUGUAAUGAAUUUUGACUCGCGCUCUUUAUCGAAGAAAAAAAACUCCUUUUUUUCCAGGAAACCUUCUCCAACCGUCCAAGAAGAAAUCAAAACACUAUUUAUCGCGUGUAACAAAGGCACGCUGAAAUAGGAAAAAAGCAAUCAGUGUACGUCUUGUACGUGUUAUACAAACAAUUGUGUACAAGCUAAUAUAAACCCUCUUAGAAUUUCAGUCACGUUGCUCUAAGGCUUCAGAAGAAUGGCUUGUUUUGUACUAUUAAGACCAUUCUACCCUUUGUUUGACCGUGAACCAUUAUGUGGAGUCUCUUUGGAUAGAGUCAUGCAACGAAACUUAAAUGAGUUCGAUAUGGUUUGCACUCUUUGGUCCUCACCCUUAGUCUCCGACGGGAAAGAACAAAAUUUUUUCUGAAUACUGCGCUUAACAAUGAACAGCAUGUGCAUAGAUUUUCAUUAUUCCUUAGCAGAGAGAGAAGUUUCAUAUAGGCCCUGGGAUGAAUUGCGCAAUUAAGCGAUGAACCAAAACCCGACAGCAUGUCUUCUUUCGCAUACUCUGUGGGUUAAAUCUGGAAUUAAACUUCAAGAAUAUUGUCUUUUAGAACCAAAUCACCCCAAAUUUGAUUUACGGGAAUGUUUGCUAAAACGUACAUUAUGGAUAAAAGUCGUCCGUGCGCUAUCGUACCUCUCUGGUAUCGGUAGAAAAUACAAAUGCACUUUGCACGCAUGACGGGUUACUUAUUGUUUUUCCUUUGUGCGCUGUCCGGUAAAUCAGUUAGUUGAGCUUAUUAAUCAUAGCUCGUCUACAUUGGUGAACAGCUGGUCGGGUAAUCAGACCUUAACAAAGGUAUCGCAAAAGGUCGAAAGAUCAAUACCGGUAGUCUUUUACCUUAUAAAAACCAACAAGACGUCUUGUUUUGCAUGAAAGAAAGUUCUAACUUCGUCUAACCACUACAUGUUCCCAAUCUUGAGUUUCUCGUGUUUUGAGACGAUUUUGAAACGAAGUGAGGUCACUUCAAUACGAGUGAGAGAUAUUAAGAAAUGGUGGACAGACACAAAACAUUGAGGGAGCUGGCUUCAGCUUUUGAAACAAGACAUGAAAAAGUUCUAGUCCAGCUCAAAGAACUUGACGGAGUAACAGCCAGUGCGAAUUCAGAAACCUAUGCAGAGAUUGACUUACGCUUUAGAAAUUAUGGAGAUAAAACCCCUAGACGCCAUUCAUGCCAAGGAAAUCUCUUCGGUCAUGCAAUGUUGUCAAGAACAGCUUCUGAUGGACCAGUGUAUGAUUCAGGAAGAAGCUCAUUAAUGGUCCACCAGCACUUUCCAGUUCUGGCCUCAUCAAAACUUCCAAGGAUUCCUGUAAGGAGAAUGUCAAGUGAUCAUGCUGGGAGCAGGCAAGAUUUUGCCCAAAUUCAGGAGAGUUUUACGAAUUUCAACAAUGUUCAGAAAAUUGCUCAGUCAGAGUGCAAUCUUAUGAAUGUGCGCGACCUAAGUCAUACAUCAUUGAAAAGAGGUAGUUUUCCUCGAGAACAAGAUAGGUCCUUUGGCUAUCAGCGCGCACCAGAGGAGGAUGGCCCAAGAAGACGAAGGGCGAGUUGGUGUUCAGCAGGAACAAAGCCUAGACCAAGUAGUUGUCAGGACAUGUCGAGGUGGCGAACCGGGCUACACAGGAGAACUCUGA